UUAUUAAAAUAUGCUGAACUUAGAGGUUACAAAUAGCGAUAACUAAAACGAUAAGAAGAGACAUGGCAGUACAAAAAGACGAGAAACGUACCGACGUCGAUACAGUCGACCCAGAUGUGGAUCACGGAUAUGCCUGGGUUAUUUUAGCAGGAUGUUUCAUGAUGUAUUGCCUUGUUAUUGGAACUAUCAAGGCUUAUGGUAUAUUGUAUACAGAAAUGGUGUCUUAUUAUGGCACAGGAUCUGGUAAUACAGCUUGGAUAGGGAGUAUGGUUCUUCUACUAGUAUUAGGACUAUGGCUUGGAUAUGGUUUGUCGUUUUCACCAUGUUCAACUAUCAUCACUUGUUACUUCAAGAAACAUACAGCACUUGCUAACGGAAUUGUCGUUUCUGGGAGUGGAAUAGGGGCGUUGACAUAUCCUGCUAUUUAUAGUUUCUUUAUUAAGAAAUACGGCUUACAUGGGGCAUUCUGGGUAAUUGGCGGCAUUUUGUUGAAUGUCUGCGUAGCUGCAUGUGUCUUCAAACAACCUAAGCUUUUAUUGAAAGAAAAAGAAUCUCAAGAAUCAACAGGUGCAAGGAAAGAUCUAGAACUGUUAUUGAAGAAAGUUAAUGAUGACCAGAAAUCUAAGGACACGCUGACCAAUUGUUAUGGACUGGAUUUUCGCUUUUCCCUAUUCAGAAAUCCAAGAUUUUCAAUGUAUUGCGUUAGUGUUGUACUUUGUAUGAACGGGUAUGGAAAUACUAGUAACCUCAUAAUGAUACCUGCCUAUAUCAAAGAUGUUGGAUAUGACACUACGCAUGCGGUGUACGGGGUAACAAAAAUGGGAGGGUGCGAGGUUGUUGCAAGAAUUGCAUUUGGCUUAAUAGCUGAUCGAAACAUCAUGAAAAGAAAACAUAUUUUUUUCUUCUUAAGCAUGCUCAUUGCGCCUGUGUUUAGUUUCAUUGCACCUUUCUUCGACAUUUUUGUUUUCCUUGGGGUAUAUGCUGGUGUAAUCGGGACGUUUCCAGGAUCAUUUUGGAGUUUAGUUUCCGUUUUAAUAAUUGAUGUUGUCGGAAUGGAAGAUUUUGCGCCAGCAUUUGGCCUUGUCAUGCUUUGUUUAGCGUUUGGUGUUGUUAUAAGUCAGCCAGCUGUUGGUACAUAUUCCUACAACAUGUCUUUACGUUCAUAAACCUAUUUACGUUAUACAGAAUAAUACUUUACAGUAAUUUCAUUUAAAGUAACGUAACCAUCAAAUAUAGUUACGCUUACCAUUUUAGAUUUAAGCAAAGGAAGGUGGUAUAUCAUAUUUUCAACAAUAAUUGAUCAACAUAAAUAUUAUUAAUAACAUCUAGUACUAAAUGAAUUCUUUCUCACAGUAAGAUCUAAAUUAUUUUUUCACAUGCACAUAUUUCUUGUUAUAUGCAACAAAGCAAUGCAUAUUGUAGAAGUGCAUUUUAAAGGUUUCGAAAUGGUGAAUGUUUCAUAAAAGAUGUCCUACAAAUUAGAACCAGAUAUUCUUUGUUUCAUUGAGUUAACAAAACAUAAUAUUCUGAAGAACGCCAUGGUUUUGACACUUAUUUAGGGUCUGUAAUAGAAAUCUUUGUCUGAAAUUACUUAUAUCCUACAAAAAACUUUAAUCAUUCUUAAUUACAGGGUGGCUGAAAGAUUACACGGGUAACUAGCAUGCAUCCUUGAUAUCAACUGGUUGACUAUUUUUUAUUAGCUGGCCUUCUGAUUUCAAUUGAACAUUAUAUUAUACGAUUUUUCAAGAAACAACCAGUACCAACAGUUGAUAUAACCAUAGUUACCGAAUUUCCUCUUAAAAAUAACCAAACAAUAAAACCAGCAGACGACACGAAUUCUUUACUGGAUGAAAAUGGUGACAUCGUCACAUCAUCAAGAAUAGGUAGGACUUAUACACCUUAUGACACAGAACAAUAUCAAUCAAAUAAACAGGAUUUGCAAGUUCCAGUUGUCGAUGCCAACGAUGUUUAAUGUGUCAUUACAGUCAAAAUAAAGCCCACUUGUCUGUAAAGGCCAAUUUCCGUCUUUCCAUUUGCUGGCCUUUGUUCACAGGUUUAACUGUGUAUACUUGGAGAGUUAUCUCAAAAUAUAGACGCUACCUCUUAUUUGUGAAGGCAGGCGUAGAAGCAGUUGAUAUGCUGAACAGCUGAGUUUUGUGUACAGAAUACUAAAACACAGCUCCAAGUAGUUAUGAAUUGGCAUCAGUGUUUUUGUAGCAAAAGAGAACAAAUGGGAUUGAUGAAGUGUACGGAUUUUAACUUAAAAAUCAAAUUAUCAUAUAUCAAUCAAGUUUGUAAAAACAAAAUGGUUCAUUGAAAUUUGAGAUUAAUAACAAUAUUCUAAUUAUAUUAUGAAACUUAACAGCUCUAAUAAUGCUUUAUUCUGACAUCUGUUCUUUUCGAACUGUAUUGUCCAUAGUUUGGAACCUAUUGUCCUGGAAUCUCAGGGAGUUUAUCAUCAUCCUAUCUCAAAAUCAUUCUUUUAAACUUCAACACUAUAUUUGAUUUAUAAAAUAAACAUGUGUGUUUUAAAAUGUUUGGGCCAGUAACAGGGGGACAAUAAUCAAAACAAAGUAUGCUUUGUUUUGAUCAAGUUUUUCAUUUUAUUAUGACUCGUUUUUAACAAAUAUCAUUUGUGCAAUUAAUGACGCAAAUUUGCUAUUCAAAUAAAAUGUGAUAACUUUA